UUUUAAAGCAACCGUGAGCUGACGGCCUCUUUUUAAAUAAAAACACUCCAGCGAAUCGACAAGAUUCGAUCACAAGAAUGCAUUAGAAGUGUACAUUUAAAUAUGGAUGAGGUUUUGAGAGAAACAGAGACGGCUUGCGUCUGAAAUGAAGCUUGUGCUCGUCCAUUCUCGCUUCAUUGUGUUCAAAAUACAUGGCGAAUCUCAUUCAAGCGAGCACAAAAGCAUUAAAGAGCUUUGGUUUGUUUGACAUCUGUAAAGAGGCUCGUUGUGUCGCCCGCGCCGCUGCUGAUCCCAGCACGAGCAGAUGAGAGAGAGACACGAGACAGUUUCGAUUCCGUCCUCAGUUUGUCAAGAUUCAUUACAUCUUUGUUUAUGCCAUCUAGACUCUCAGCACUGAUCGGGGACUGUAUGUUUUAACAAUUUAUUGAGCAGAUGGCCUGAUACGAUGUCACACGCACACACAAUUAGCCUUUCGCCGGCCCCUCCCCCAAAACGGCCAUUGUCCAAUCACACAUCAUAGCAACCGUUACUAUGUGAGCAGGUCCGUCAAACAUUGACUCCAACCAAGAUGGUGAAGCGGUGCGCCCACGGCGUUUGUAAAUCGGACACUAGAUUCCCCGAGAGAUUGUCUGGAGGAGUUGUGUUCUUUCCAUUCCCAAAGCCGAAAACACAACGUGAGCGGUGCCUACAAUGGAUAAAACAGUGUGGACGGCCCCACUCCCAGGUAAAUGAGUCGAACAUUACGAAGCAUAAAUACGUCUGCUCAAAGCAUUUUAUGAACGGAAAACCUACCCCUGAGUUCCCCAAUCCCGUAAAUGCUGUGCAAGGGCCUAACCCAACUAAGGAGAAGCUUGGAGGCUGUCGAAAGUCGCCCAAAAAACGACGCAGAGUCUGUGUGCAGGAUGCCUCCUCCGGUUCCAUCUCCACUACUGAUGCAGGAGAGAGUCAACAACAUGCUGUUGAAAGUGAGAGUCCUGAGCACCCCCCACUUCCUGGAUGCCAGCUGGAAAGGGAGCGUGAGGAGGAGCAGUCCUGUCAGAGCACUGAAAAGGAGAAGGAAUUGGAAGCAGAAAACAACAACAUUAAAUUGCAAUUGUCUUUACAAGAAACUGAAUUAAAAAGCCUUAAAGCACAAAUUGGCACAUUUAAAAAGAAAACUCUAACACCUGAACUUCUUCAAAGCAGUGAAAUCCACAAGAUGUUGGAAUACAGUACAGGGUUUACAUAUGAACGAUUCAAUCAACUGUGCACAAUAUUUGACAUUCCAAAUGAUCCACAUACCACUCAAAAAAAUGUACCCCUAAACUACAAGCACAAUGAUUGGCAAAUAGCAGAGAUGCCCCUCCGUACCCAGUUGCUGUUUGUUUUAAUGAAACUCCGCAACAAUGAAGACUUAAAAAGCCUUGCCUUCAGAUUUAAUAUAAACAUGCAAGCAGCAAGUAAUAUUUUCAAUUCUUGGAUUCAUUAUAUGUUUGAUGUAUUAGGUGAAUUACCAAUUUGGCCUCACAGAGAUGUCAUAACACAAAACAUGCCAGAAACUUACAAAGUAGACUGACCACAUAUGCAAUAUUAGACUGCACAGAGCUAAAAAUUGAAAGGCCAACAUCACUGGUGUUGCAAAGCCAGAGCUAUUCAAACUACAAAAGUACAAACACACUAAAAUCACUAGUUGCCUGUGACCCCCGUGGUGCUGUGAUUUUUUUCAUCUGCCCUGUUUACAGGAGCAAUGUCAGACAAGGAGCUAGUCAGGCAGUGUGGCAUCCUCCCACUACUAGAGAAACAUAUAGACAGUGGCUAUUUGCAUAGAGGGGAUGGCAUUAUGGCUGAUAAGGGCUUUUAAAUCGAGGAAGAGAUGCAGGCACUUGGACUGAAGUUAAACCUGCCACCGUUUUCAAGGUCUAAGAGGCAAAUGCCAGCUGGGGAUGUGCUGGUGACAAAGCGCAUUGCAAAGCACAGGGUGCAUGUAGAGAGGGCCAUCGCUAAAAUAAAAAAGUUCAAGAUAGUGUCAGGCAAAAUUCCUAAUACACGGUUAGGGAUUAUAAAUCACAUCUGGUAUGUGGUGAGCAUGCUUUCAAACUUCCAGCCACACAUACUAAAGUAAGAGUCAGUCAGGGACAGUAGUAGCAAAGCAUGAAAACAAAGUAUUGCAACAUCAUAUAUCUUUAACUGUUUUAACUGUUAUUUUUACUGCAUUUUGUAAGCCUGCAAUAGUAAAGUCCUAUAAACAGAUUUCUGGAUACUAUGUAGUUCAAUCCUUGUUUAAUGUGUUUUUGUGUCUGUGUAUAAUAUGUCAGGCCAAUGAUUAUUAUUUUUUUUACAUUGUAAAACCAUUUAAUAUUAUAACUUCAUGAUUUUACUGAAAUCCCAAUAAACCUGUGAUGGAAAAUCUUUUCUACAACAGUAAGUAAUGAUACUAUUGAUUCUGACUGGUUUGUUUACAUCUUUGAUUGUUCAUCUUACCUGGUGGCUUAGACCGCACCCCAAUGCAUAUUUCCUGCCUUCAAUUUCUACCUCUGGUGCAAUAUCAUCAGCUAUGUAGCUUAUGGGUGCAUCAGUCAUCUCCCUCAGUAGACCAUGUACUCCUGUCCCUAACUCUUUCCUAUAACAAUACAUGCUGGUGAGUAUUGGUGUCGUGACAGUACAUAGAAAUAUAUUCAGAACAGUGUGAUGGUACGUAAUAGUGUUGAUGUAGAAUACAUGGAAAGUUGGGGGGGGGGGCGUACUUAUUAUGAACGUAACUGGACAUGAUGGGUUUCCGCUUGCGGUUGACUUUGGCCUUUACUGCCACCACACUACUCACAGGUUGUCCAGUAAUUUUUUUUACCCCUGGCUUUGUGCCACUGCUGGGGCUGGCUUGUGGAGGAGAUGUCAUCACUUCUGGCACGGCACAGGUCCAGUGUGUGCAUCAGGCCCACAAUAUGAGAGCAAAACCCUGGUGAACUAAAUUAAGAAGAAUUACAGAAGUAGCAUUAGUUAUUAAUGUUAUUAGUUAUGUUAUUAGUAUUGGCUGUUUUCAGAUUCAGAAUGUUUUAUAUCCAUUGUUGAACAUAAUUCACAACUAGGAAAUAGCUUUGGCUUAGUUAAAGGUGCAUAACAGAUAAUAAAAUAAAAUGGAUAUCCGAAUGCCUUAUAUUUUGUUUUAUGUAUUUCAUUUUAUUAUUUUAUCUGUUAUGCACCUUUUAAGCCAAAGCAAUUUUCUAUUUGUGAAUUCUGUUCAUCAGCAAUGGAAAUAAAACAUUCUGAUUCUCAAAACGGCUAUUCUCAAAACAACAGAGAAAUGUUAGUUAGCUUUGAAUGGCUUUGACGCACAUGUUUAGCUAGCUAACCCUUGUAUUUGAACAAAAUAGCUACUCGCAAUAGACAAUAAUAGACCAUAACAUAUGA